CAGAUGUGUGUUGCAGGCUCUUAUAGGGAGACUGCCAGAGCUCCAGGAGCCAGCCUGAGGCUCCAGUGGACUCCCCAGUGGAGCACUGCCACUGCCAACAGAGGAGAGACAGUAGAGGGUCAGGAGGGAGAGCAGGCUCAGAUGGCGCCGAUGGCUCUGCCUCACAACAUCCGAAGGGGCUUGACAACUUUCAGUGGAUCGCUGUUCAUCGACAAUAAAACUGGGGAUUGCGGAGCUGCCCAGAUCUACCCUCCAGGGCAUGAGGUGCUGUCCAGCCUGCCCCUCCAGAUGCUGCUAUUCUUCAAUGUCUUCUACUUCCCGUUCUGGGGCCUGUCCGAGGGGAUAAUGCUGGCAUUAAAGUACGGCCUGCUGCCCUGUUACUACCAGUUCCUCCUUGUUGCUGCCUUCCUGAUUCUCGCAUUAGCUGAAGGGUUACGCUUGUAUCUUGGAUACAUUGGAAAUCUGCAAGAAAAGACUCUCCCCAUGUCUGUUUGUGAGCACUCUGUGCACCAGGAAAGAGAUGCUAGUAACAGAACCAACACACCAGAUGAAUUGGAGGGGAAUGAGAGUGAGGAGAAGGCUGAUGAAGAUAGCGAGAGGGAGGAAGAGUGGGAUACUGACCUUGAAAUAGAAGAAACCAAGGAAUCUUUUGACCCAACUGGAAAGACCAGAUACAUAGCAGCCUGCCAACUAUAUGGAGUGGUACCCAUAUCCUAUUUCCUGCGUCACAUGAAGGACUCUGAGCUGAUUAUGAAGCACCAUGGACUUGGCCCCCAGGGUGCCAAAGCUUUAUCUCUUUCCUUGAUGACCAACACCUCCAUCGUAAAGUUAAACCUGAGUGAUAAUUGGCUGAAUGGAGACGGGGCAGCUGCAGUUGCAGAGAUGUUAAAAGAAAACUGUUACAUUUCAGAUGUUGAUUUAUCUGACAACAGACUUGGAGUUAAAGGAGCCGCGGCCCUUUCUGCUAUGCUUCUGGAGAAUACGACAGUUGUUACCCUUAAACUUUCAGGAAAUGAGUUUAAUGACCAUGCAGCUAAGUACCUAGCCGAUGCCCUCCCGGCUAACAAUAAAAUGGAAUCUCUGGAUCUGAGUCACAACAUGCUUGGUGACACAUCAGGUGAGCUUCUUGGAAUGGCAAUAGCAGAAAACACUGGACUAAAGGAGCUUAAUAUCAGCUGGAACUACUUCCGCAGCCAAGGAGCAGCUGCCUUAGCCAGAGGCUUCGAGGCAAACGUAUUCCUCAGAGUUCUGGACCUUUCCUACAAUGGCUUCAGUAACAAUGGAGCAGCUGCCCUGGGGGAGGCCCUUAAAGUCAACAAUGUGCUGGAAGAGCUCAACAUUAGCAAUAACCGCAUUUCAGUGGAAGGAGCUCUGCGCUUUGCAGUAGGCCUGAAAGAAAACCGGACUCUGAAGAGCCUUAAUAUGGCCAGAAAUCCCAUGCAGAGUGAAGGCUGCUUUGGGAUUCUCAAAUCGAUACAAGCAAAUUCCGGGGCCGUGGUAGAAAUCCUGGACUUCUCAGAGAUCCCUGUGAACAAAGACUUUGCAGACCUGUGUGAUGCUGUGAAAAUGCUUUUCCCAAAUCUUCAGAUCAGACAUGGUGGAAAUGCAACAUUGCACAAAAAAGACCAACCGAAGGUUUCCCAGGAAUUUUCGUAACCCUACAUGUGCUCAGUGGAGUCAAAGGUCUUCCUUUUAUUUGUGACUGGAACUGGAUGAGCCUUGGACACCCCAAAAUAUGUGACCCUUUGAUUAGUCCUUCUUUUGAUCUAUCUUGCAUUGAAUGAUGGGGACAG